AUAGUAUAGUUGAAUAAAAAAUGGAAUAGUAUUUGAGUGUUUAAAUAUAAGAUAUUUCCCAUAGUCUUCCGUUGACAUGGCUUCAUUUACCUACGACGUUUUCCUUAGUUUCAGAGGCGACGAUACUCGCUAUGGUUUCACCGGCCAUCUCCGCAAAGCUCUUGAUGACAAAGGAGUUCGAACCUUCAUGGAUGACGAUGGCCUUCAAAAAGGGGAUGAAAUCACACCAUCGCUUCUCAAAGCAAUUGAACACUCCAAAAUCGCCAUCGUUGUCCUUUCUAAGAACUACGCUUCUUCAUCCUUUUGCUUACAAGAACUCUCUAAGAUCCUUGAUUCAAUCAACGGUAAGGAUCGUUCUAUUUUGCCGGUUUUCUAUAAGGUAGAUCCUUCUGAUGUACGGAAGUUGAAAAGAAGUUAUGGAGAAGCCAUGGAUAAACAUGACGAAGACGAGGCUAGCUCAUCCACUCAUAAUAAAUGGAAGAUGUCUUUGCAUCAAGUUGCUAAUUUGUCUGGAUUUCAUUACAAGAAAGGGGAUGGGUACGAGCAUGAGUUUAUUGCAAAGAUUGUUGAACAAGUCUUAAGAAAGAUAAAACCUGAAGCUUUACCUGUUGAUGAUUACCUAGUUGGACUGGAGCCUCAAAAACAACAUCUACUGUCCCUUUUGAAUGUUGGGUGUGAUAAUGGAGUUCGCAUGGUAGGGAUUCAUGGAAUUGGUGGAAUAGGGAAAACAACUCUUGCUCUAGCCGUUUAUAAUUCGAUUGCCCAUCAAUUUGAAGGGUCGUGCUUUCUAGAAAAUGUUAGAGAAAAUUCUGAGAAACAUGGGUUGCCAUAUCUUCAAAUGAUCUUUCUUUCUAAAGUAGCUGGAGAGAAAAUCGAGUUAACCGGUGUUCUACAAGGAAUUUCAAUAAUACAACAAAGGCUUCGACAAAAGAAGUUACUUUUGAUUAUAGACGAUGUUAAUGAGCCAGAGCAAUUACAAGCUAUUGCUGGAAGGCACGAAUGGUUUGCUCCUACAACUCGAAUCAUCAUCACAGCCCGGGACAAAAGAUUGCUUACAAAUCAUGGAGUUGAAAGCACAUAUGAGGUGAAGGAGUUGAACUACGAUGACUCUUUUAAAUUAUUACUUAAAGGAAAAACUUUUAAGUCAGACAAAAUAAUUCAAGGUUAUUGGUGUGUUUUAGAACGGGUCAUAAAUUAUGCUUCUGGGAUUCCAUUGGCUUUGGAAGUAAUAUCUUCUCAGUUAUUUAAUAAAACAAUAGAACAAUGUAAUUUUGCUUUAGAUAGUUAUGAUAGGAGGGUUCCUAACAAAAAGAUUCAAAUGAUACUACAAAUGAGCUUUGAUACUCUGAAUGAAGAAGAAAAGAGUGUUUUUCUUGAUAUUGCUUGUUGCUUCAAAGGAUGUAAAUUGGCAAAGGUUGAAAAAAUACUUCAUGCUCAUUAUGGUGAAAGCAAGAAAGAACACAUCAAUGUGCUACUUGAAAAGUCUCUCAUAAAGAUAAGUGAGUCUGGUAAAAUUACAUUACAUGAUAUAAUAGAGGACAUGGGGAAAGAAAUUGUAAGACAAGAGUCACCCAAAAAGCCUGGAAAACGCACUAGGUUAUGGCUCCCAAGAGACAUAUUUCAUGUUUUAGAAGGAAAUUCGGGAACUAGUUCAACUGAAAUCAUAUAUUUGGAUUGUUCAAAUAAAGUAAAAUGGGAUGGAGAAGCUUUCAAGAAGAUGAAAAAUCUCAAAACACUAAUUAUUAGGCGUGCUACUUUUUCUAAAAGUCCCAACUAUCUUCCAAAUACUCUAAGAGUGCUGGAAUGGUGUGAGUAUCCUUCAUCAUAUUUACCAUGUGGUUUUUAUCCGAAGAAACUUGUUAUAUGCAAUUUUGGCUCUUGCUUUACAUCAAAUCCAUUUGAGUGGGACAAUUUUCUCAAGAAGAAGUUCCAGAAUAUGAGAGUUUUAAACUUUGAUCAUUGUGAACUUUUAACAAAAAUACCUGACCUAUCUAGUCUCCCAAAUUUAGAUGAAUUUUCAUUUCAAAAUUGUGGUAAUCUAAUUGCAAUUGAUAAAUCGAUUGGUUUUUUGUACAAACUCAAAAUCUUGAGAAUUAUGCAUUGCAAUGAAAUCCAGAGUGUUCCACCUCUCAAUUGGGCUUCACUAGUAGAACUCAAUCUUUCACAUUGUGAUAGUCUAGAAAGUUUUCCUUGUGCCGUGGAUGGAUUUGUUGGCGAACUUCAAAUCUUGAGGGUUAUAAGUUGCAGCAAAAUCAGAACUAUUCCACCUCUCAUGCUGGCUUAUCUAGAAGAACUAGAUUUUUCAAAUUGUACCAGCCUAGAGAGUUUUCCACUUGUCGUAGAUGGGUUGCUCGUCAAUCUCAAGACCUUGAGAGCUAUGAAUUGCAUCAAGCUUAGGAGCAUUCCAACUCUCAAGUUGGCUUCUCUAGAAGAAAUUGAUCUUUCACGAUGUUCAUGUCUUGAGAGUUUUCCACCCGUGGUAGACGGAUUGGUGGAUAAACUUAAAACUAUGAGUGUUAGAAGUUGUGUCAAGCUAAGGAGUAUUCCACCUCUCAAGUUGGAUUCGCUAGAAAAACUUGAUCUUUCAUAUUGUUCUAGUCUUGAGAGUUUUCCACUUGUGGUGGACGGUUUUCUUGGCAAACUUAAAACCCUGCUUGUUCAAAGUUGUGACAGUCUCAGGAGUAUUCCACCUCUCAAGUUAAAUUCCUUAGAAGAGCUUGACCUUUCGCAUUGUUAUAAUCUCGAGAGCUUUCCAAUUGUGGUGGAUGGAUUGUUGGAUAAACUUAAAACUAUGAGUGUUAGAAGUUGUGUCAAGCUAAGGAGUAUUCCACCUCUCAAGUUGGAUUCGCUAGAAAAACUUGAUCUUUCACAUUGUUCUAGUCUUGAGAGUUUUCCACUUGUGGUGGACGGUUUUCUUGGCAAACUUAAAACCCUGCUUGUUCAAAGUUGUGACAGUCUCAGGAAUAUUCCACCUCUCAAGUUAAAUUCCUUAGAAGAGCUUGACCUUUCGCAUUGUUAUAAUCUCGAGAGCUUUCCAAUUGUGGUGGAUGGAUUGUUGGAUAAACUUGAAAUCUUGAGUAUUGAUUAUUGCAUCAUGCUUAGGAGUAUCCCGCCGUUGAGGUUGACUUCAUUGGUAAAAUUCAAUCUUUCAUAUUGUCUAAGUCUAGAGUGUUUUCCAGAAAUAUUAGGAGAGAUGAGAAAUAUACCAAAACUUUACUUGGAUAGUACUCCCAUAAAAAAAUUGCCAUUUCCAUUUCAAAAUUUUACUCUUCCCCCAACAUCGUAUCCAUGUAACUGUGGAAUUGUUAAUUUACCAAAUAGAGUUGCUGCAAUGUCAAUGUUGGCCAAAUUUACCAUCAAGGCUGAAAAAAAAGUGAGCCCGGUGCAAUCUUCACAGGUACAACAUAUUUGUCUCACGAAAUGCAAACUUUCAGAUGAAUAUUUGUCAAUAGGUCUCAUGUUGUUUGCUAAUGUGAAAGAAUUACAUUUAACUGAAUGCCAAGUCACAGUACUUCCUAAGUCUAUUGAAAAAUGUCACUUUUUAUGGAGGCUUGUCUUGGAUGAUUGUGAGGAACUUGAGGAAAUUAAAGGGAUUCCACCGGGCUUAAAAGAGUUAUCUGCAUUAAACUGCAAAUCGUUGACUUCGUCGUGUAAAAGCAAACUAUUAAGUCAGGAAUUGCAUGUCUAUGGAAACACUCGGUUCUGUCUGCCACGAGCAAAGAUUCCAGAGUGGUUCGACCACCAAUGGUUGGCAGGAUUGUCAACUUUUUUCUGGUUUCGUAAUAAGUUUCCGUCCAUAGUUCUCGGUGUUGUUUCUCCAUUGACAUGGGUAGAUGAUUUUCGACAUCGUGUAAGAGUGACCAUCAAUGGAAAUACAUUUCUCUAUACACAUGGUUUAAAGAUAUGUACGACACCGGCCAAAAUGUAUACUUUAAAUCUUUUUCAUAUGCAAAUGAAAAACUUCAAUGAUAAUAUGGACAAAGCACUUUUGGAAAAUAAGUGGAACCAUGCAGAGGUUGACUUUGGAUUCCCAUUCAUGAACAGCGGAAUCCAUGUGUUGAAAGAGAAAAGUAGCAUGAAGGAUAUUCGAUUCACCAACCCAGAGGAAUGAUGCUAAUAUCGAGUUCACUUGGAAUCAAAUUGAACUAAAUGUUUGAGUCAAAAAGAAGUCAAGAUGAUGUUAAAGGAAGCAUUUUAUGCUUAUCUUGAUGCAAUUCCAAGUCAAGAGGCCAUGCAAGAUUUCCGAACAGUGUAAGAAUUCAUUUCCAUUGUUGCCACUUUGAUUUUUUAAUCAUGAAACAGUAUAUCAUCAAAACAUGCUUAGAUUAUUACAUCUCCAGUUUAUCUGUAGAGGAUGACAUAUCGGGAGUGUUGUGAACAUUGAUAGUUGAAACUCUUAACAGUCAUAAAACCAUAUUGGAGUUGAAGCAUCGAGUACAAACUACAUUGAAGCAAGAAGUAUAACACUGAUUCCAAAUCAGAUUGAAUGUUUUGGCUUUGAAAAAUGAGCUGCAUCAAAAGUUGCAUUGAUGAAGAUAAGUAAUGAAGUCUACAUCAAAUGACAUGCAUCAAAAGUUAGCAUGAUUAAGAACAAAACAGUUCCUUGAAAAAGAAGAAGAAGAUAUCCUUAUGGAAGAAAAUAGCCCCACAAUAUGUGGGCUGCUCUUUUGUUUUACACAAACAAAAUCCUCCAAUGAGUAAUGCAACUUGAAACAAGAAAUUAAUGGUCCACAUAGAUUCAAUAUGGUAUCAGCUUCAUUCUCUAUUUCUGAAUGUUCAAUCCUCGAUUCUUCAUCUUCAAUAUGAGAUAACUUUAAAUUUUACGCGUGGAAGUGUUGAAUACAAGAAAGUUUAAGUGAGAGUCUAAGACGCUCUGUGAAGAAUCAAAAUACUUCAAAAUAUGCUAAACAUUAAAAAGAAAAGAUUGAAAUUGCUUGAUCGGUAUUUGUUAGUUGUAACUCAUAGUUUUGUAGAAAGCUAGCAUUCAACUGUGUUGAAGUAGUUAGUCGAAGUAGUAGGAGUCAAAUGUACUUGACAUAGUAGAAUACAACAUAUAGUGGUUAUGUCGAAGUGUAACUUAUAGUUUUAUAUUUUGUGUCUCGUAAGUUUUGUGUAUGGGCUUUAGUUCCCUAUAUAAAGGGCAUGAGAUUAUGUAAGCAACAACUUCACUCAAUAAGGAUUCAGCUUUUCACAAA